UAUUAGGCUUAUAGGAGAGCCAGAGGGAGACUGAUGGGGCUCGCAGCCGUAGACACACACUUCAAUGCUGCAGGGGAGAUAUAAAAGCCCUCUCACACACAGCGUCCAGCUUCACUGAAGUGCUCCAUGUGACAUGGGUGUGAGUUUCUUACCACAGAGAAUGCUUCCUCCAGGACACCAAAGGACUCAGCUUGAAAGAUUUUAAAGAAAAAAGAAACAGUUGGUUUGGACGGCAUGUGACCACAGAAAUUGCCUGUCUUUGAGGAUGGAUGUUUUCUUGGGCUAAGUAACAGACACGUUUUUGGACUUAUUUUUGUCAUGCUAAUGGUGGCCAGGUACUGUCAAGCUGUUUGCAGAGGAAAAGACAGACAUGUUUUUGAACUCUAACUGUUAUUGUGACUUUUUUGCUACUUUUUAUCAAGUUUUUCAUAUAUUUUUUUAAAUGAUCCACAAUUUAUCCAAACCAAACUUUGAAAAACGGAAGUAUUGAGCGAAGAUGGACUCCUCAUUCACCUCAGAGACGUUUUACAAUGCGGGGUCGAUAGCUGACCCCACCACCAGUUACCUGGACGAGGACAUGUAUCUGCAGGAGGAUCUGGAUGUGUUCAGUGUGACAAUGGCUGUUCUCUACCUGGCUGUGUGCAUCGUAGGGCUGGCCGGGAACACCUUGGUCAUCGUGGCCAUCUUAAAGCUGGACAAGAUGGCUUCUGCCACCACGGUGUACAUCUUCAACCUGGCCCUGGCCGACGGCCUCUUUAUGGUGGGCCUCCCCUUCAUCGCCAUCCAGAAUUUCCAGAACCACUGGGCAUUCGGGGACCUGGCCUGCAAGCUGGUCAUGGUCCUGGACGGCAUCAACCAGUUCACCAGCGUCUUCUGCCUGACCGUGAUGAGCAUUGACCGUUACAUGGCGCUGGUUGACCCGCUGAGGUUCGCCCGCUGGCGCACGCCCAGGCGGGCCAAGAUAGUCAGCGGCUUCCUGUGGCUGUUCUCUCUGUUGCCUGUCCUCCCCAUAACCAUCCAUUUCUCGGCUAGGGACGGCCUGUGUAACCUGGACCCCCAGGUGGCUUCCGACUCCUGGUGGCUGGCCUUCAUCACCUACACAUUUGUCCUGGGCUUUGCUCUGCCCUUCCUGGUUAUGAUUGUCUCCUACACCGCCUUGGUGGUCACACUGAGGACCCACCGCCACCAGGCCAGCUCCCCAGGCCAGGAGAGCCCUCGCCUGGAAACCCAGGUCACCAAGAUGGUGGUGGCGGUGGUGCUGGCAUUCGCCGUGUGCUGGCUGCCGUUCUACGCCUUCAACUUCUGCUCGCUGUACCAUACGGACCUGGUGCUGACCUUCGCCAGGUGCUUUGAGUUUGUGGUGCUGUUGUCCUAUUCCUGGAGCUGUGCCAACCCCAUCCUGUACGCCUGCCUCUCAGAAACCUUCGGACGCCACUUCCUCACCCUCCUCUGCCGCACCAAGAGGUUUCCCAGUGUGCAAUGCAACCCUGACACGGAGCGCUAUGACCUCAAUGAUACAAGCGGGAUGGGCAACAGUGCGGUGGCAUAGAGAUUCCUGAAAAACAUUGGAAACUUUUUUAUGUUCGCCAACUUUCCCUUUAAAUGAUGACAUUUUAUUCUGUCUUUGGACAUGUCCUUUGUAUAUAAAGGAGGUUGGUAAAGAUUAGUGUGUUUUUCUAUACAAGUGUUUCUACAUACAUUUCUGUACAGCUGUUUUUCUACUGGAUAAUAGGUUUUCUAUUUCUGCACCGCUCUGACUUGUUCUCUAAUUUCAUUUCUAAUAAGGCUGCGGUGAGGCCCCGCUGCUCUAUCACACCACUGUAAUUCGAUUUUACAUAACUAAUUAAAUGAGGAAUAAAUUCUGUGACAAUCGGGAGACAACAACAGGUGGCAUGUAAACAAGAUGGUAGCAACAGUAUGUGCCGCUGGCCAAGACAAAGAGCUCCCAGAAGACCCACAAAAGACGUUGACUUAACACUUUCACAUCAACUUUGUGUGGACAUUUUCAGUGAUGUCAUGGAAGUCAGCUCAAAGACGUUUACUUUAUGGGAAAUUCUCCCGACAGAACUGUUUGGGGUGAGAUACAAAAGACAAGUAGAAAAGGUGUUUGGUUCAUCCCAAGAUUAGUCCUAUAUCGAAUGGUCAUUGAGUAAGAAUGUUUAUACUGUAACUAUGGAUGGUUUAUACUUAUUAAAAUGGAAUAGAGUGAGGUUUUUCACGAUAAAGGCAGAUGAAUGAAACAUGAAUUACGUUAUGGGAACUUCAUGAUCGAGCAACUGAUUCUUUAUCAAGACAAUGGACAAAGAAAACACAAGACAGAGAUUGAUGGCAUAAUCAUCUUUAUCAUCAUUAUUAAAAUCAUAAUCAUCACUGCCAUCGUCAUCAACUAUUUUUGUUGUAGUUGCUUUCAUGUUGCAUUUAACGGCCAACCUAUUGUCGUGUUAAAUUAGUUUCACAAUUUACAAGUAUUGUUUAUGGAUACGUAUUACAUAUUGCUGAUUGAAUCUCACUUACUCACUACAGUAUCAUCACCUUUCUCUUUUAAAUAUUAAAUCACACGAGAGAAAAGUAAUUGAUGGAAAUUUGCAUUGAAAACAUACAAAUCACAAUUAUGUGUUUUGUCUUCUUAUGUUCAUAACAAAAAGUAUUAAUCUGUGAGGCUCAAGUUAAACUGCUUAGUAGCAUGUGUGUCUGACUGUAGCCUACCUGGUAUAUAAACAGUUGACUUGUGGUGGAUUGAUUGUGUGGUGAAUACACAUUAUGAGAGAGGCUCUGACUAGGGUUGCAAAGGGAGGGUAUAUUACUGGAAACUUUUCAUGUUUACCAGUAAACUACCAGAAUGUUGGUACAUUUUUCAAGGAUUUUAUGUCGUCUAUCACAAGACAUCUAGUGACCCUUUUUGGUACUUCAGAUUAUCACAGGUGUCUGUAAUUAUCUCUGGCCCUCUGUGCGGCCUUAUCACAUGUCAAAUUUAUGAAAUCAUUGAAUAAGUUGAUUUUAAAAUGAAAAAAUCUCAAGUUACGAUAGAUUGUCAUAGAUUAUCUGUUAAUUACCAAAAUGACUGAAGAUUCUAGUAACUUUUGUAAAUUAUCAGUAGCUUUGCAACCCUAAUUCUGACCAAUUCUCUGUUACAAUUAGUGGUUCUCUGUGAAGCGUAGUCUGGAGCUGCUUUGAGUCUAAAGUGUAAGACCUGCUAACUAACCACUGGUUGAAUCAACGUUGUUUCCACAUCAUUUCAAUGAAGUUAUGUUGACCCAGUGUGGAAUAGAUGAUGAAUUGACAUCUGUGCCCAGUGGGUAGCGACUUGGGCUAGAGGUGUCUGGCAAGUGGACUAUGUUUAUGAGGCAAUAAUAUGUGGAGCCGUAUACAGAAAGGUUUCAGAGGAGUUGACGUUCCACUGGCUAUAAAAUGGCUCCUUUUCAAGGGUUCACUGACAGAUUUCAGAUGAGUGUAAAUUGUCGCUUAUUUUUGUAUACAUUUUUUUUAACAACCUCUUAUUGCAAAGGGAAGAUAUUAAAAAAGAUUUGGAAGCUUUCUGCCUGGCCAUAUUUGAGAGACAAUGAGGAAGAAAUAAAGUGAACCCACACAACUGGACUCCAUAGCGAUCUGUGUGUAUACGUGGGCCCCCAGCCCUUGGAGCUCGAGGUAAAGGGUUGACGGUCAAUGACACAUAGCCACGCUUGAUCAAUAUCGAGGGCCACUGGGGGCAUGUUUGCUUAAUGCGUCAUCAUUCUGGGUUUGAACAACAUGAAAGGGAGAUAAAAUUCUUGACUGUGACUCCAAGGUCGUAUAUGUGCAAUUCUAUGAUGUGCAAGUCCAUAGGAAUUAUGGGUAUCUGAAAUUGGGUCAUUAGGGGUCACUGCGUUUAAAAGAUAAUCCUACACCAGGGUUAUUUCUGCUAGAUGCGAUCCAACCCUGUUCAGUAAUAGGAGCAGCUGCUAACUGUCUGUGAGAGACGGCAGUAAAGAAAAGUAAUGGCCGCCAUGGGAGUGUAGGUGG